CAUCCUCCCUCCUCCUCCUCCUCCUCCUCACUCCCUCUCUCCUCUCACACACUCACGCGCCGUCCCUCCUUCACCUCAUUCCCUCUCUCCUCUGCUCCGUUUCUGGAUCUCCAGCUUCCUCUUCCUCUUCCUCUUCCUCUUCCUCUUCUCCUCGGUGUCUUGGAUGCUCGGCACGCUCCGGGAGAGUGGAGGUUCUUGGUCACAGCUGGACAGUUCAGUGGAGAGUUCGUGUAGCUGCUCGGUUCUCCACCGGUUCCUAAAGUUCCAGAACAUCCUAAGGGACUAAAAAGUGAUGCUCACAGAGAACAGGCGAAUGUGGAGCAGACGGUGAGGUGGACUGGCAGAACUGCACAAAUAUCUCGCCAUUUCCAGCCAAUUUCAAAGAAGAGUGAGGUGAAAAGGUCAGAGGUCAUGAGUCACUUCAUUGGAGAUUGAUGCUAUAACCCUAUAAUGUGGAACUCUUAAAAUGGAGACAUUGUUUCUCACUUUGUGUCUUGUACAGCGUUGAUUGCCCUCAGGACAUCCAUUUCCUGAAACUGUGACUUUCUAAUCCUUUGGCUACCUCUCGACUGAGGCCAUGUUUUCCUUUUUUUAAGUGCUAAUCUCUUUUCUUUUUGCUCUCAAUCAAAGUAAAUCCAACCCUUACUCAGAAAAAAAUGGCCACCAGAAGAUUCAGCCUCUCUAAGUCCUCUUCCCAUGCCCUAUCAUUCAUUUUUCUUGCCCUAUUUUUCCUCCCAUUACCAACAUUAGUGAGGGGUGACUGCUGGCUUAUCGAGGGUGAUAAAGGAUACGUGUGGUUGGCGAUUUGCAGCCAGAACCAGCCACCAUACGAAACAAUCCCUCAGCACAUUAAUAACACUGUGCACGACCUGAGACUGAAUGAGAACAAGCUGAAGGCCAUCUUUUUCAGCUCCAUGAGUCGUUUCACUAACCUCACCGAUCUCAAUCUCACCAAGAAUGAGAUCUCCUACAUCGAGGAUGGAGCCUUUGCGGGACAGGCUAACCUUCAAGUGCUACAAUUGGGCUACAACAAGUUAACAAACCUUACAGAAGGGAUGCUGAGAGGCCUGGGAAGAAUGCAGUGCUUGUUUUUGCAGCACAACCUCAUUGAAGUGAUUGCUACCAAUGCUUUCUGGGAGAGUCCCAGUCUGAGCAGCCUUGACCUGUCCUCCAACAGGCUGGCCAAGCUGGACCAUUCCACCUUCACAGUUCUUGGACGUCUAAUGGUGUGUGAGCUGGCGGGGAAUCCUUUUCACUGUGGCUGUGAGCUGUACAGCUUCCUAAACUGGCUGGAUGCCUUUAAUAAUGUCACACACACCUACGACAGGCUGCAAUGUGAAACCCCAAAGGAACUUUCUGGAUAUCCUUUACUAAGUCCAGUAGCCAGCCACAUCCGCAAUGCCCACUCUAUCUUAGCAUCCAUUUGCAAGGAUGGAGUCAUCAUUCCGGGGAUGACCUCCCUGCCUCCGGAUUUGGAUUCUUCUGGAAUAGGUCCGGAUAUCCCUGAUCAGAUGGGACCAUAUCAUCAACCCACAAUCUCGUCAACUGCGAUUCCAUCUUACAGCCCUAGCAUCAGGCUGCAUUCUGUUUCUCUUUCAUCAGCCUCGUUACUGGUUCAGAUCCCUCGACCUUACAGCAAGAUGUACAUCCUGGUGCAGUACAACCAAAGCUAUGUGUCUGAUAUUAUGAACCUAAAGAAAAAGAAAGAGAUAAUCACACUCAACACACUGAAACCCCACACAGAUUAUACCUUCUGCGUAGCCUCAAUUCGUAACUCACAGCGCUACAACCACACUUGUUUGAACUUUGCCACAAGAUCUCCAGGACCUGAUGACCUGCGUGCUGGGCCGUCGACCACCACCCACUACAUAAUGACCAUUCUGGGCUGUCUGUUCGGCAUGGUCAUCGUGUUGGGUUUGGUGUACUACUGCCUACGCAGGCGGCGGAUUCAGGAGGAGAAAGAGAACACUAUAAGUGUCAAGAAAACUAUCUUAGAAAUGCGGUAUGGCCCUGAGGCAGCAGCUGCAGCUGCCAAAGACCCCUCAGUUUUGCAAAAGCUCCAGGAACAAGUUCACCAUCAGCACUACCACAGCAAGUUGUCCCAGUCCACUUCAUCUAGCAUGGGAAUGCUCCACAGUUCUGCCAAUACGAGCUCCUCUCGGCUCUCAACACUUCCACAGGCUGACAAGAUGGCCACUGCUUUCUCGGAGGCCAUGACCAGCAGUAAGGGGAACUAUAUGGAUAUGCGAGGGGAGGAACGUUUGAAGGAUGGAGCUAUGCCAGUUUCAGAGGAUGAGAUAAGGAGGGAAGUAAAUGGAAUAGAUGCAGGCGAGGAGGACUCGGACGAUGGUGGCCGAGGAUCAACAUCUGAGAUAUCUACCAUUGCAAAGGAGGUGGACAAAGUGAACCAGAUCAUCAACAACUGCAUAGAUGCGCUAAAGCUGGACUCCGGAGUUGCAGCCACAGCAGCCGAAAACUCCUCCUCUCCACCUCCGCAGUGUAGCACCUCCUCCUCCAGAGGACUCAUCCCACUUUCUCCAAUAACAGCAGACACAUGCCCGAUCAUGUCUUCUCCUAAAAUCCCCCAUCUACCCCCUGUGCCUCUAGUCAUGCCUCUGUCGGAGAGACCAGGAAUCAGUGGAGGUGGUUUUCUAUCCCCACCCUACAGGGACCCACCUCCUGUUACAGCAGCACGGCCUCUACAGCGGCAACUGAGUGCUGAUGCAGCUGUUGUUGCUCUCAAUGUGAAGAAUCGCUGUGGUGUCUCCUCUGGAGUGUCCAGUAAGAACACUCGGGUCUUUAGCCUGGAUGUUCCUGAGCCUCGGAGUCCAGAUUCCUGCAAGUUUCCAGAAAAAGGCAGUCCUGUUCGGUGCGGAGAGCCCCUUGAUAGGCUCCCUCUGGUGGGGGUUCAAGGGGGCAGUAAUAGCAGGGGAGAAGGUGGCAACGGGGGAGGAGGGGGAGCCGGUGGUGGCAGUGGUGGUUCGGGUGGAUGUGGUGGUGUAGUGCCAGCUCAACAGCACCUCCUGGAGGUGCACCCAGACUACCACUGCUCAGAGCACCGACACUCCUUCCCCGCUCUCUACUAUGAGGGUGCCGCCGACUCCCCUGCCCAGAAAGCUUCUUUCCUAAAGCCCCUCUCUCGCACCAAGAGGGACACUGCCUAUUCCCAGCUCUCGCCACGGCACCACAACUACUCGGGAUACUCGUCCAGCCCCGAGUACUCGUCUGAGACCACGCUGAAGAUCUGGGAGCGUUUUCGUCCUUAUAAAAAGAGCCCUCGUCAGGACGCCUACAUAGCAGCCGGACAUGCGCUUCGGAAGAAAGUGCAGUUUGCGAAGGAUGAGGAUUUGCAUGACAUUCUUGACUUUUGGAAAGGGGUGUCUGCACAGCAGAAACUGUAAAUCGAUUGAGAGGCACUAUGGCACACGGCUGCAGAGAAGAGGGAAGUGAUUCUUGAAAAAGCUAAGUACUUUGGUCUUCAAGUGCAUCCACAGAGACAAGUGUUUGAAUGAAGUCUGGAUUACACACAGUAUCAUAAAAAUGAUGGAAAAGAAUAGAUCAAUCAAUCGAUCAAAAUUGCAGAGGAAAUUGGGUACUUAAGGAAGGUUUAGAAUGACCAAAUUUCAUUGCUGAAACUUUUUAUUUGUGUUGUCUGCAAUCAUUCCAAUUUAAUUCGAAAAGGAAAACAUACUCAAUUAAGCGAUUAGUAGUAUUUGUAUUAUUUUGACUAAGUUUAGAGACAACAUUAAGGCAUGGUUAUUUUGUUAAUUGUGCUCAGCUUUAAGGGAAAAGAUAAAUAGCAGGUUUGAAUUUAGCACGGGGCAAAUUCUGAAAACCUUGCUCCCUCUGUUCACCCGCUCUAUUCAGUCUAAGCAUGCUCAUUGAUUCGUGACAUCUACACAUGUUUCUCCCAGUGCAUUGGGUUUGCUUUUCACUGCACAGUCAGAGAAUUGCUUAUACUUUACAUUCAGGAAGCAUAACAGCUCAUAUUGAAGCUGUUAUUUAUUUAUUUAUUUAUUUAUUUAUCCUCUCUUGUAGCACAGCCAGGUCUAAUUUAUUACUUUCCAGAUUUUGCCUGGGAGAUUUGCUGUUCAUUUGUGAUUCCAGAACAAAUGCUACCAAAAUGUAAGAGGACUGUAGGGGAUUUGAGUGAACAAAAAUUAAAUUAAAAAGAGGAUUCAGGGUGUGACAGUGCUCUGUCAGAAGUGGCAUGGGCUUUUAGAAACAGCAGCCUUCGAUUUGUACAGUUGUACAUCGUAACACAGAUACUUAUGCUAAUGCAAAUGCUAUGUUUUUGUCAUUACUCUGACAUGUGUGUUAUUUCCAGUUAGUUCUGUGAUGAGCGAUGCAUAAGAUGGAUGCUUAUCUAAUGUAGUCUUACUUUUUUAAUUGGAACGAGAUUGAAACUAGUCGUGAAUAUUGUUUAACUUGAUUGUCCAGGUGCAGUAAGUCAAAGAGAUUUAAUAACAUUAUCUAAGGUAUUUAUAUUGAUUAUAAUUAUUUCAAUGACCCGGCAUGAUCGAUUAUAUUUUUUUCUCUUCCUGCAUUCCUUCUAAUCCUAUAGCGACUUACACUAUCUCUACUCGGAAUUUGAUCUUUUUUAAAAUCAGGCACUGCUAUAUGGAAUACCGAGAGAACCUUAUGCGGCAUAAUCGGGUAAAUGAAUUACCCUUUUGGAAGGUAAGGUGUUACAGGUGUUACUUUGUGAAAGUGCUGAUCUUAACACUGCCACACUCAACAUGUGAUUAGAAUUAAUUGUGCAUGGUCUAGUGAGGUCAAUACCCAUAAUGCACCCCUGGAGUCUCCAACUGAUCCCUAUAUGACAGAAAUACCAGGAGACCAGGAGGCACUAAUGAAUUGGCUAAGUGAAUAAAUCAGAGCGGAUUUGAGCUCUGUAGCCGGUCAAAAUCAUACAAUAGGUUUCUCAACAUGAACUCAGUUCGCUAAUGCAGGAAUUAGUAAUGCUAGCUCUCUUAUUAGCUUAGUUGUGCUGUAAAAUAUAAGAUUUAUGUAUUUCUAUACAUCUGAGCGUGAACUCACUGUGGCAUCAGGUUUCAGCCUGGUUAAUUACUGUAUAUUGAUCCUCUUGACAAGUUUGUUCAGGGCUUCUGGCAUUUAGGACAGACUGAAAUAUGUCCACCACAGGCGACAGCACCGUAAAAAAAAAAAUCAACAUCGCAGAUGCAUACGGAUCAAUACGCCGUAAUUGAGAAUUGACGCAGCCAAAAUCAAAACAGCCAGAAUUCCCCUGGGCUCCAUUUCUAAACUGAACUCAUAUUACAGAUUCUAAAGGAUGGACCAGGUUUUGGAGUAAUUUUUACCUUAAACAAGUUUCUGUAAUUGGAUAUAAGACCUGACCGGAGUUACAUUGCCCCUGAGAGCUCUCACAUCAGAGUUAAUAAGAUUUAAUCCAAGCAUUAAUGCACAUGCUUAGCAGGAGGCUAAUUCAAGCUGUGUAAGAUUAAAGGACUGUGUUCAUUUUCCUCUUAACGUUAAAUACGUAAAACGUGCGGGUAUGGUUAAUGCUGCCACAGUGAAAUUUUAUAUGAUUAUAUAUUUCAUUGUAAAUUCUCAAGUCAGGUCAUUACCCAGAAUGCACUUUUGGAUGGAGGAAAUGAGGCCACAGUGAUAGGAAUUGCUCAGUGCUUGCAUAAGGACCCUGACACACCAAUCCCCCUGACUGUCGAGGAAAAGGCAGGAUGACAUUCGAGAGCCGAGAGUCGCUGUGCACAAGCAUUCAGCAUCAGCGUGAAGAUGACUAACACUCCGCACCAGAAGGGGCAGCGUUCUGCAUUCAUUAUCGUAGUAUCACAGAAAGAAUCAACCUCUCCCAAACCCCAUAAUACUCAUACCAACUAGCUAAUCUUUCAGUGUGAUAGUAGACAUAGCCAGACAAGCAGGACUAAUCACCAUUUUUACACCACUGCUCAGAAUUCUGGGUGUUUUCACCCCCGGGUCUGCACUAGCACUGAUUCUGAGCUUGUUUGGAGGCGGAGCUUGUAAACACAGGUUUUCCUUCUGAUCUGUGGAUCGAUUGCACAAUUCCAUACAUCACUCCUGUGGUUUGCAAACUGGUAGGCACUAGAUUCAUCCGUUUGCUGUUUUUAUUCAUUUCCUUUGAAAGUUUUAGAGUCAUGGUCAGUCAUCAUGCAGGAAUUCCUGCAAGUAAGGAGAAGAUUUUUAGCACAAGUCGAGACUUCUGCCUUCCUCAUCACAUUCUCAGUGAAACAACUCGCACCACUUGAAACUUGGAACAGGAAGUAGCGUGACGAGUCGAACCAAUCACACUACUACUCGAUGUGCAGUGCUGAGAGUGCAUAGCUUCCACACCAUGUUUUUUUUGUAAACAGCUUUCACACUCCAGUAAACAUACCCAACUCUUGGGGCAAACAGCACCGGGUCCAGAAAAAAUGUGAAAGCGACUUUAAACACUUUUCAUAGAUAUUUCAUAGAUACGCACUUCUUCAUUUUCUUGCUUGUUUUCCUGUUUUUUUUUAUUUCAGUUCCUCUUCUGCUCCAUUCGCUCGUUACGCUGACGCUUUUAUCCAGAUGAGAUGAGAUCGAACUGAGCAGCUGAGGUUUAACUUUGAGUCUCAGUUGAAGAUGAAACAGUGGCAGUUCAGCGACUCUGGGAUUUGACCUCACGCCCUCAUGACUUUCCCAUCAAGUAGCUGAAAGCCAUAACCACUGAGACACCACUUCCCGCACUGAACAGCCAAUCAGAGAGCUCGCUCACUCAGCGGUACGGGUGCUAACGAGGGUCGACUAGCGCCGUGUUUAAAUGAUGGUUUGGUGUGUCAGGGUGCUUUGCUUUAAAUAGUCCAUUUACAACAGCGGCUUUAUUAAAACGUUAACGUAAAACAAACCCAGUGAAAACGUGGUGCUUUGCUGGUUAAAAGCUAACGUUCAGACGAUCUGCUAAUCCAAAUCUAAUCAACCCCAAAGUUCACACAACGGAAGUUAGCGUAAUGGGUCAGGUCCUGAAACUCCCUCACACUCUACUGACAAGCUACCGGAUGCUAACUGUGACACAAAAUUAAAGAACAAUCUACUUCAUAUGGUGGAAACACACACACACACACACACACACACACACACACACACUGAACACAGACUUGAUGCAGAUACUUUUGUACAAACCUCAUGUCUUAUAGAUGAUGUUUACAGAGACUUGUGGUCUUAAGUGCUUCUUUGGAAGGAGAAUCUCAGAGAGAGGAGUACCAAACACUGACAAAACACAAACUCUUUCUUUCUUUCUUUCUUUCUUUCUUUCUUUCUUUGUUUAUUUAUUUAUUUAUAAACCUGUUAAGAUAUUUGAGUAAUUCUGCAUUUGUUGCACUUCUUAAUCUAAUGGUCUGUUUGUGAAACACUUAAAAAAUGUCUGUUUUUUCCAUAAUGCCCUCCUGAUUAAAGGUUAAAUAUGAAUAAUAAUUAAAUAUUAAAUAUUAAAAUGUUACUGCACAAACACUGUUGACACGGCUGUCAAUUUUACAUCCACAA